GCGACAAGUAGUUGAUAGCAACAUCGGCGAAAAGCGGCAGCCAAACGCAACUGCACGCGUUGCAACACCAAAGAAAAAUAAAAUAAUAUCCCCAAAAUAAAAAAAAAAUAUUUCAUUUCAUUUUCAUGUUUAUUUUAACUUGAGGGAAAUUUUGUGUUUCGAAAACAACAACGGAAUACUGAAAGCAGAAAAAAGAGAAAAACGUGUCGCCGUCCGUCAAAGCGAAGAAGCGCUCCCAUGUGCUGCAUUACCAAUUGAAAAAACAUAAACAGAAAAUAGAACCAGCCGAUAGAUAAACAGCCACUGCAGGAACGACAACAGAAGCCCCGAAAACCGAAAAAUAUUGAAAGACCCCAUCAGUCGAGGGCGAAAGUGAAAGUGAAUACGUAUAUAUCAGCCUUAUCGUUUUUGUUCGAAGUGAAUGCACUCCAGCGGAUCCUCGACUUAGGUUCCUAAGCCAGAUCCCAAGCAAAAUUGGAAGACACAUCCAAAGCAUUGUUUUUGCACAAGAUCGAAAAUAGAUUGCACGGCCCAAGGAAUCCAAGUUCAGUGUCAGAAACGCGAACCUCACUGCAAUCUGCAAGAUUCGUUCGUUCGUUUGCGUGGGGUCAGUCGUCUGCCGCAUAUAACAUCAUUAUCAUCGUCUCGUCUUCGAAGGCGGGAUUUCGAAUUUUGAAUACCGCGAGCAUCUGUGAUAUUGCGUUCGCCAACAUGACUCAAUCGAAGGAGAAUCCGGAGAAGAGUCGCGAGCUCAUCAGUGAGGAGAGUAUGAAGGAUCUGCUCACCAAGCAGCUGGAAAAAGUGGGCAGUGGAGGAGCAUUUGUCUGGGCCAUUUUCUUCCUGUGUGUCACGCCCAAUAUAUUGAAUGGAUUCCAUGUGUCCUCGUACACCUUGCUAGGUCAUCUGCCAGAGGAUCAGUGGUGUGGCAUCUCGGAUCUUCAGGACACCAACUGGACUUUGUCACAGAAGCGAGAGAUUUCGGGGAAGGGUUUGGAAACGGGUGGCUGCACCGUGUGGGACUGGAACUAUGGGCAUUUGGCCAAGAUGUCCUACGAGGCGGCUGUUAACUAUACCAGUCACCUAUCGGAGAUUUCUCAGCCCGCUGAGGUUUCCUGCAAGGUGAAGGGUCGUCAUGAGUUCUCCGAUCCCGAGAGCACCUUUGUCGCCGACUGGGAUCUCACUUGCGACAGGAGCAUUCAGAGAACCUCCGCCCAGGUCUCCAUUUCGCUGGGCAAAUUCUGUGGAUCCUUCUCCUUUGGCAUUUUAGCGGACAAAUUUGGUCGCAAAACCUCUUUUACCCUGGGAGCUGUCUUCUUUGUUGUGGGCAGCUUCUUCUGCACCUUCUCACCCUGGUAUAGUCUCUUCCUAGCAGGACGUUUCGCCCUGGGAGCUGCCUCAUCCGGUCUGUUCUAUCCUGCCUUUACCAUGAUUGUGGAGAACAUCUGCUUGAAGCAUCGUUCCUGGAUGUCCAUAGCCUUCUCAGCCUCCUAUCCCAUAGGCAUGAUCAUCCUGGCAGUGGUGGGCUAUGUCAUCCAACCCUGGAGGCAUCUUCAAUUGGCCCUUACCAUUCCUUCCCUUUUACUCAUCCUCAACUGCUACCUGAUGAAUGAGUCACCUCGCUGGCUGAUCUCGAACCAAAGAUACGAUCGCGUCUACAAGAUUCUCUUCAGACAGCCCAGCCACUACCAAAUUCAGGCAGCCGUUGCAGCCUCUUCUCCCAUUGUCACCGAUAAGAAGUCGCUGGAACCAGAAGUGGGUUUCUCUUGGGGCGACAAACUGAAGAAUGGUCCCUUGAAGUCCAUCAUUGAGUUGUAUGCCAAUCCUAGAGUGCGCAAGAUGAUCUUUGCCUCCUAUUUCAUGUUCUGUGUUACUUCGCUGAGUUACUAUGUGACGGCUCUCAAUGCCGCCAAUCUGUCGGUGUCGAGGUAUCUGUACAUCAUAGCCACUGGACUGGUGGACAUACCCUCCUACUUGGUUCCCGUGGUAAUGCUUCGCUUUACGGGUCGUCGGAUGACCACCAUGUUCCUGUUCCUUUGGACGGGGGUAUCCCUGCUGCUCGUCCUCUCUGUGCCCGCUGGGAGCACCACCUGGAUCGUGGCCUUUGCAAUGCUGGGUCGCUUUGGCAUCAGUGCCACCUACUCGGUGGUCACUCUAUACACAGCCGAGCUGUAUCCCACCGAGAUUAGGAACUCGGCGCUGGGAACCUGCUCCACCUUCGCCCAUGUGGGCUCCAUUUCGGCACCCUAUGUGGUCGAUUGCCUGGGAGCCCUCGGCUGGUACAUUCCAACCACCAUCUGCGGCUGCUGCGUUCUAGUAGCUGGCCUCCUGACCCUCACACUCCCCGAAACGGGAACGGGGAAGCUGUCGGAUAAGGUGGAGAGCACCGCUCCUCAGGCUGAGCAGCCCGAGAAACAGUGAUUCAAGGAGACGGCCUCGCAUCUAGGUUAAGUUACAUUUUCACGAUUGGAUUUAUGAGGAGUUCGG